AGUCGGAGCGUCGGAGCGUCGGAGCGUCGGCCCCUCUGGAGCGGAUACUUCCUCCUCCGUUAAUCAUGUCCGGUUAACGGGUCGUUUGUUUGUUUUUAUCCGGUAGUUGUGGAGUACUAAAUACCGGAGACAUGGAGGCAGUGAGCAAGUGGAGCCCGCAGCAAGUGGCCGACUGGAUGAGAGGUCUGGACGACGGCCUGCAGCAGUACGUGCCGGCCUUCCAGCGGCAGCAGGUGGACGGGGGGAGGCUGCUCGGCGUGUCCCACCGGGAGCUGCUGUCUCUGGGCUUGUCGCGGGUCGGACACCAGGAGCUGGUGCUGGAGGCCGUGGACCUGCUCUGCGCGUUGAACUCCGGCGUGGAGACGGACAACCUGAAGACGCUGAUGGGCAGGAUGCGAGCGGCGCGCCUCAACCUCACCGCCUCGGUGUCGCAGCGCCGCAAGAACCCCGCCUACCACAACAAGAUCUCCCACCAGCCCUCCAACGAGUUCCUGACCGCCGUGGUGGAGCUGAUCGGAGCCGCCAAGAGCCUGCUGGCCUGGCUGGACGGGACUCCUCCUCCGAGCGCCAACGACUUCACCUCCACCAAGAGCCGAAUCAUCCAGCUGUGCCUGGAGCUCACCUCCACCGUCCAGAAGGACUGCACUGUUUAUGAGAUCGAGGAGAAGAUUCUGGAAGUGUCCCGAGCUCUGACCGCCGUCUGCGAGAAGACGGUCCAGACGACCUCUGACCCCUCAAAGAGUGACCUGUCCUGUCUGGAGGAGGUGCACAUCACCAACAUCAAGCCUGGGGAGGGGCUGGGUAUUUACAUCAAGUCCACGUACGACGGGCUUCACGUCGUCACGGGAACCACAGAGAACUCGCCUGCAGACAAAACCCAGAGGAUCCACGCCGGAGACGAGGUCGUUCAGGUCAACAGACAGACAGUGGUGGGCUGGCAGUUGAAGCACCUGGUGGAGAAGCUGAGGGCGGAGUCCGGAGGCGUCGUCCUGUUGGUGAAGAAGAGGCCGUCCGGAACGUCCGCCGGCUUCGCGCCCGCCCCGCUGAAGAACCUGCGCUGGAGGCCGCCGCUCAUACAGACCUCUCAGGGAGCUCCGGGUCUCUACAGAACCCGACAGCCAGAACCCUCGGAGGCUCCUGGGAAGAGAGGGAAGACGGCCAUAUUGGAUUUGUACGUCCCUCCUCCGCCCGCUGCUCCGUACGCGCCGCUAGACGGGAAGAAGAACGCGUCUCCGGGCGUGAAGCGGAGGCCCAGGUCUCCGAACUCGUGUCUGGACUCGGACGUGCGGCGUCGCUUCACUCUCAUCGACGACAACAGGACGCCCGCCAGCCCCCCCCCUCCUGAACUCAACCAACCAAUCCCUGUGUGCCUCAGACAGCGCUUGUCUACACGCUGUAAACCUCGACCCGUCUCCAUGCCGGUGGAGUCGUUCUCACGUGACCCGUCCUCCAGACUCGGCGCUCAGGGAAGGAAAGACCUGCUGCACAGGUACCUGAGUAACGAGGGGAUCAGCACCAUCCCGGAGGAGGAGCCGUGCUUCCCUCUGCCGUACCGAGGACACCCGUCUGUUCGCGGCGUCGACCACAUCCGGGGCAGCCAGUGCUUCAUCAACGCCAACCUGCACAGCAGCGCCACCAUCCCGUACCAGGAAGCGGCGGUGUCCAAGAAGUCCUCCUCCUCCUCCUCCUCCUCCUCCGCCUCCUCCUCCUCGGUGGUUUCUCCUCCGAUGGCCGUGGCCAAACCGUCGACGUCGCUGCUGGGCGGCUGGCUGGCUCGUCUCCGGCUGCUCAGCCACUGACGGAUGAGACGCACCGGGCUCCUCCAGGAGGCCUCGAGACGCCUCCAGGAGGCCUCGAGACGCCUCCAGGAGGCCUCGAGACGCCUCCAGGAGGCCUCGAGACGCCUCCAGGAGGCCUCGAGACGCCUCCAGGAGGCCUCGAGACGCCAGUGGCUUCACACCUCCACAUCUCCACAUCUCCAAAUCUCCAAAUCUCCAAAUCUCCAAAUCUCCACAUCUCCACAUCUCCACAUCUCCACAUCUC